ACUUUCGCUCAGCCUGCUUUUUUUUAUGGAGAAUGUGAGCUGCAUUUUUGCGCAUGCCCAUUGAGCAUUGGAAGCCAUGUUGAAGUUUCAGUGGCUGGCUGUGCUUUUCUGACGCUGUAUGUUUUUAGGUUUGUUUUCUUCGAUUUUUUUAGUAUUGGUGACGUUCAACCAUACCAUUCGGAACCAUAAAUUGGAGUUCUAAAGAUGAAUUCCUGCGUCGACCUAUCCAGGCGCAAUCCGCAGGAGGAUUUCGAGCUAAUUCAGCGGAUAGGAAGCGGGACAUACGGAGAUGUCUACAAGGCCCGUAAUGUCAACACUGGGGAGUUGGCUGCCAUUAAAGUCAUUAAGCUGGAACCUGGUGAGGACUUUGAGGUGGUGCAGCAGGAGAUCAUCAUGAUGAAGGACUGCAAACACUCCAACAUCGUGGCCUACUUCGGUAGCUAUCUCCGGAGGGAUAAAUUAUGGAUCAGCAUGGAGUACUGCGGAGGAGGAUCUCUGCAGGAUAUUUAUCAUGUGACUGGGCCUCUGUCUGAGUCUCAGAUUGCGUAUAUGUCACGGGAAACCCUCCAGGGUUUGUACUAUCUCCACAACAAAGGCAAAAUGCACAGAGACAUUAAGGGAGCAAAUAUUCUAUUGACAGACAACGGCUAUGUGAAACUAGCUGACUUUGGUGUAUCAGCACAGAUCACUGCCACGCUGGCUAAGAGGAAGUCCUUCAUUGGAACACCAUACUGGAUGGCUCCAGAGGUGGCAGCCGUGGAGAGGAAGGGGGGCUACAACCAGCUGUGUGAUAUCUGGGCCGUGGGCAUCACAGCUAUCGAGCUUGCCGAGCUGCAGCCUCCCAUGUUCGACCUGCACCCUAUGAGGGCCCUUUUCUUGAUGACAAAGAGUAAUUUCCAGCCACCCAAAUUGAAAGACAAAGUGAAAUGGGGAAAUAAUUUCCAUCAUUUUGUCAAAUUGUCCCUGACAAAAAAUCCCAAGAAGAGGCCAACAGCAGAGAAACUAUUACAGCACCCGUUUGUGUCACAGCCUCUCAGUCGAACCCUGGCCAUAGAACUGCUGGACAAAUCCAACAACCCAGACCACACCACAUACAACGACUUUGACGAUGAUGACCCAGAACCAGAGUUUAAAUAUAUGGGCCACUUCCUUCCCAUCACCCCAGGUGCUCGGCGAGCACCUCGCUUUGCCAUGCGCAAGAAGUCUCCAGUGUCUGUUCCCCAUCGGAUUCGCUCCACCAGCAGGAGCACCAGGGAAGGGAAGACGCUGUCUGAGAUCAACUUUGGCCAGGUGAAGUUUGACCCUCCGCUGAGGAAGGAGACAGAGCCCCAUCAUGAGCCGCCUGACUCUGACCCGUUUUUGGACUGUGCAGAAGAGCUGUACUACACUGCGAGAUCUAAUCUGGACCUUCAACUGGAGUAUGGACAGGAAUCUCCAAGCCUAAUGGGAGAAAACAAGAGUCUUCUCAAAUCAGUGGAGGAGGAGCUUAAGCAGAGGGGUCACAUGACACAUUUAGAGACCGAUGAUGAUGGUGGUGAUGAUGGUGAUGAAACUCAACACAAACACAGUACCAUCAUGAGGCCCAAAGUCCCACCCCCACUGCCCCCCAAGCCCAAGUCCAUCUGUCUGCCCCAGGAGAGCCCGUCCCAGGGAGAGGAUGAUGGAGGGGGGACCAUCAAGCGCUGCCCUGUACCCGAGAGCCCUGCCAGAACCACCUCCUCAAACGUACCCCCACGCCCUCCACCCCCACGCCUGCCCCCCCACAGACGCAGUAGCCUAGGUAAUGGAUUGAACUCUCACCAGAAUGGAGAGAAGGACAGUGCUACAGAGAGGCAGUCCACCAUGCCCCCUAGUGUCCCCAUACGGAAAGACAAGAAGGACAUUACGAAGCCUAUCAGUAAUGGCCUCCCACCCACACCCAAGGUCCAUAUGGGGGCCUGUUUCUCCAAGGUGUUCAACGGCUGCCCAUUGAAAAUCCACUGUGCCACGUCCUGGAUCAACCCAGACACCAGAGACCAAUAUUUGAUAUUUGGUGCAGAGGAGGGAAUCUACACUUUAAACCUGAACGAACUGCACGAGACGUCCAUGGAGCAGCUCUUUCCCCGCCGGUGCACUUGGCUUUAUGUUAUGAACAACUGCCUGCUCUCUAUAUCUGGAAAAGCCUCUCAGCUCUACUCUCAUAACGUAGCUGGUCUGUUCGAGCAUGCCCGGCAAAUGCAGAAGUUACCCAUGGCCAUUCCCACACACAAACUCCCAGACAAGAUGAUUCCACGGAAAUUUGCCAUAUCCAAUAAGAUUCCAGACACAAAAGGGUGCCAAAAGUGCUGUGUGGUGAGGAAUCCCUACACGGGUCACAAGUACCUGUGUGGCGCGUUCCAGUCCAGUGUGGUUCUGCUGGAGUGGGUGGAGCCCAUGCAGAAGUUUAUGCUCAUCAAGAACAUCGACUUCCCUCUGCCCUGUCCCCUGGAGGUGUUUGAGAUGCUGGUGGUGCCGGAUCAGCAGUACCCGCUCAUCUGUGUGGCCGUCAGCAAGGGCAUCGAGCUCAGCCAAGUGGUCCGCUUCGGCACGGUCAACCCCAACUCAACCUCCUCCUGGUUCACAGAGGCCGAUACGCCCCAGACUUGUGUUAUCCACGUCACCCAGUUGGAGAGGGACACCAUCUUAGUUUGUCUGGACAGGUGUAUAAAGAUAGUGAACCUACAAGGAAGGUUGAAGUCCAGCAGGAAGUUGUCUGCUGAGCUGACGUUUAACUUCCAGAUCGAGGCGAUAGUGUGUCUCCAAGAUAGCGUUCUGGCAUUUUGGAGGCAUGGCAUGCAAGGGCGGAGUUUCAAAACCAAUGAGAUCACCCAGGAGAUCUCUGAUAACACGCGGAUCUUCAGCCUGCUUGGAUCUGACAGAAACUCUCAGCACGACAGUUCAGGGCAGGAGGGAGCCACCAAUCUGCCCAGGUAUACUCACUGCUCCCCGGGUCACUCCAGGCCUCACCUAGCCUACAAGCUUUCUGAUCCAUGGAUGUCCCCUGUGGGGACCCUGGAUUUCAUCCCAUCUGUGUGUGUGUGUGUGUGUGUGUGUGUGUGUGUGUGGGGAGGGGGGAACUGGGACUCUAAUGUUCCAAUUUUGUCUGAACCUAUUGGUUUGGAGUUUGUGAUGACAUCUUUUUGUUUUUAACACACUUUAAAGUAACUGUCCGCUGUUUCCAGAAUGUAUUAAAUAUGACCUAUAAUUCAUUACAAUAUGAGUGAAAUAGUCCUUCCAAAAUGUUUUAAUGGAGUAUGUUAAAAAGCAGCUUCUCUGUGUUGGAAUGGUGUGUGUGUACCCCAACAGCAAAAUAAUGUGGGGGUAUACCAGUCGUAUAAAAAUAUUCAUGCAGGUAGACCACAGAUUGGCCAGCUCAUCCUCUGAGGAAAUGGCAAGCAUUUGACCUGUACUGUAGGUGUUUUUUUGUGGGGGUUUUCUCUCCAAGUUAUGCUUUGGCACAAAUGAGAACAGGAUGAUUCAACAACAUUGUUUGGGUAUCAGUUAACAGAAUAUGAACUUUUAAAAGUUAGAUUUUCACUGGACAGUUACUUUAACACAUCUCCCUCAAUGUUCCCCCCUGCUGGGUUACUCUGGUAACACCACCUACUGGGAGUAAACCUAUGAUUGCGGAAAGGGUACUCUGGUGGCCAGUGCAUGGAAGUGUCAGGAUUUCUUAUUCAUAGAGUUGGAAGGAUGCUUGGCAAGCUUACUUUUUUCUUGGGUCAGUGACUACUCUGUUACAGCACUUUGACCUUAACAUGAUGGACUUUGCCUAUGGUGCUUGAGUAGUCUAUUGGUAAGAUUUGGGAUUGUGCAUGUUUUGGGGGGUGUUGGUGUCUGUUGGUGUGUGAAAAUGCAUUUUCUGUUUGUGAGGCUUACAUUUGUAAUCCUCCUGGUCCCCUCUGGGACAUAUAUUUUCACAGUGUGAGUCUGAACUGAACCUGUGUUUCAGAGUGGUGGUGCUGGAAAGCAGGCCGACCGACAACCCCACAGCAGCCAGCAACCUCUACAUCCUGGCUGGACACGAGAACAGCUACUGAUCACACCACACAGCAUCUUGGUUACACAAGACACUACAGACAGACUACUGCUUUAGCUUCACAGGAGACUGAUCCUUCAAGGGUCCACUUCCAACUUGCCUCUUACUUCCUUUUAACACCUAUAUUUAUUGUGGCAUGUAACAAAGAACUGGAUGACUUCUAUAUGAUUUCAUUUUAGAAUUAAGUGUUGCCACCACUGCUAGCAUCUUAGCCCAUACCACACAAGUGCUUAAUUGACCUCUAUUUAAUUGUAAAUAUAAAUGUAGUAUUUUUUUCGCAGAAAGGGACCCUGGCUACUCCGGGGUUGUAAACUAAAGACUGGUCAUGUAGAUAGGUGUUCUGUACCGGUAUGGAGACUGUAAAGAUUUAAAAGGGUGGUUCAGAGGGUCAGUUUGAGCACUAAAAAUGACUUCUUGUUCUCUAAUCAUGUGACAAGGGACAUGAUUUGAUCCCCUCUGAGGUUUGGCUAAGUCUGAGCAGCAAGGAAGUACCACUUACUGGUAAUGUCAUUCUGCACGCAUCGUCAUCCCAAAUGUGGGAACUCCCUUUGUAGCUCGCUUUGAGAAAUAUCUAAUGGGAGAUCAACCAUUUCAUUCUUAGCUUCCAUUUUAUAACUCUAUGAGAUGAACAUUUCAAACUGUUUUAAUUGCAGGCUUACUUCCCAGCUAAGUUGUAUGCUUUUUUUAAUACUGUGGGAUCACUGGUGUUAAAAUUUGCACAAAAAGGUAUUUGAAGAAAAGAAAAGUGCCGUUGUAUGUAACUGUAUAUGUGCUUGUAAACUUUAAGUAUACAUACAUAUGUUCUCACAAGCUGUGACACAGGGGUUGCAUUAGCAUAGGUAGACUUAUUAUGGAACACUCACUGAACAUUACUGAAAUACCAUAAUGAGACUGUAGAGGGAGAAAUGUCAAACUUAAACGGACUCAAACGGUACUGUUUUGAUCACCGUUUCAUGUAAUUCUCAAUGGUAAUAUCGAUCAUAUACACUAUAGUCAAAUGGACAAAACACAUUCCUUACUGUUGGACUCAGUGAAGAUGUAAAAAGAAUAUGAAUGUUACAUUUUUUUUGUAAUGUAAUGCCAAAAUGUGUUCUCGAUUUAUGGCCAAAAUUAGUGCGGUGUCUCUACCUCGUGCAAUGUUGAACAAAAGGAAACGAGUUGUGUAGAAGAAAAAAAAGUCAGUAAAAACACUACAAGAUUCAUGUUGGUUUUAAUUUACACAGUAGGAAUGUGUAAUGAUUAUGGACAAACUAACUUCCUUUCUGGCUCAUUACCAUUUUCAUAUUGCAAUGCACAUUAUAUGUAUAUAGUGUAAAAUAAAAUCUGUUGGUUUUACAUACUGUAUAAUUGCCUAUAUUUUGUUUCAAAUGUGUAACAGAUUUAUGAAACAAGUUAACACAUUAAAAGAAGGAACUGAAGCUUGUGUGUCUGUUUGUCGUGGAGAAAUAUUGAUUGAAAUGCAAAAUAAGUUUCACAUUGUCUAGUUUGCUAGCUUUGUAGAUAAGUUGCACAUUUUUCAAAGGGAAGAACUGUUAAGCAGCCACUGUGUGAUCGUUUUCAGACAUUCUUUGGUUAUGACGAGGUAUAACAUAUUGAUUACAACAGACUUAUUGUUUAAUUUAAGUCUUGUCACAAUUUACAUUCUAUUUUGAUUUGGGGAUACAGAUUUUCUUGAUGGCACAUUUGUUUAUGUUAAUGAGUAUACUGUAUGCAAAAUAUAUUUUCACCGUGGAUAUUGAAGAGAUCUCAAAUUGGAAACUACUAACUUAAAAAUAAAGAAACCUAUACAGCA